UGUGAAAAAAGAGGUGCCAAAAAAACGCUCCACACGGAAAUUGAAUGAAGGGGAGUGGCUUUCAAUAUUUGACACGACAGAGAAAGAUGUCAUAGCAGCAGCGAGUAGUAAGCAAUAUUGGCUUCAAUACCAUUUUUUCUUCAUUCCCUUCCCUUCCCUUUGCCUUCUUUUUCUGGCUCUGCUUCGCUUUCCCCUGGCUAUUCGCUUGUCCUAUCGCCACCACCGCUUUUCUCUCCCUCUCUUUUUUCAUUUCCCAAGCCAAAAAAUCUCAUAGCUCUCUCUCUCUCUCUCUCUCAAGAACAAACCGUAAUCUUGCCAAUACAAUGACAAAGGCACUUCAAUUUCAGCUUUAGUUCCCUAAUGUAUACCAGGAAAAAGGUUCUGAUGUAUAAGUCUGUGUAUAGGCUUUGAGUGCAAUUUUUUUUUUGGUGGGCAAUCAGUGUUCAUUAUUGUGGCUAGAAUUUUGCUCAAACAAAAAGGAAAAUGUCUAGUUUUGUGGGUGUUCUUGUUUCUGAUCCAUGGCUACAGAGCCAAUUCACCCAAGUGGAGCUUCGCACCCUCAAAUCCAGAUUCCUAUCAAUAAGGACUCAAUCGGGUAGAGUCACAGUGGGAGAUUUGCCAGCUCUUUUUGUGAAAUUGAAGGCUUUCAGUGAAAUGUUCACUGAGGAUGAGAUUAAGGCUGUUUUGGAGGAGUCGUGUAAGGACAUGGAUGAAGAGAUUGAUUUCGAAUCCUUCCUUCGGGCACAUCUGAAUUUGCAAGCCCGAGCUACAACUAAAUCAGGCGGUUCAAAGAAUUCCUCUUCAUUUCUCAAGGCAACCACAACUACUUUCCAGCAUACAAUUAAUGUAUCCGAGAAGUCUUCUUAUGUUGCCCACAUUAACAGCUACCUGGCUGAAGAUCCAUACAUGAAGAAGUAUCUUCCAAUAGAUCCAUCUUCAAAUGCUUUGUUUGACCUUGCUAAAGAUGGAGUUCUUCUGUGUAAACUUAUUAAUGUAGCUGUUCCUGGGACUAUAGAUGAGCGAGCAAUUAACACUAAAGGUGUCCUUAAUCCAUGGGAGAGAAAUGAGAACCAUACCCUUUGCCUUAAUUCUGCAAAGGCUAUUGGCUGCACAGUAGUUAAUAUUGGCACACAAGACUUGGUUGAGGCAAGACCACAUCUUGUACUUGGAUUGAUUUCUCAAAUAAUUAAGAUUCAACUUUUGGCUGAUCUCAAUCUAAAGAAAACUCCUCAACUUGUGGAACUGGUGGAUGACAGCAAGGAUGUGGAGGAACUCAUGGGUUUACCACCAGAGAAGGUUUUGUUGAAAUGGAUGAAUUUCCAUCUUAAGAAGGCUGGGUAUGAGAAACAAGUCACAAACUUCUCUUCUGAUGUGAAGGACGGAGAGGCCUAUGCUUACCUGCUUAAUGCUCUUGCACCAGAGCAUUCUGGCCCUGCUGCCUUAGACACUAGGGAUCCUGCAGAAAGAGCAAACAUGGUACUUGAGCAUGCUGAGAAAUUGGAUUGCAAAAGAUACCUGACACCUAAGGACAUUGUUGAGGGCUCCCCAAAUCUUAAUCUGGCAUUUGUUGCACAAAUAUUCCAGCACAGGAAUGGCUUGACUGUUGAUUCCAAAAAAAUGUCCUUUGCUGAGAUGAUGACAGAUGAUGCCCAAACUUCCCGGGAAGAGAGAUGCUUCCGAUUGUGGAUUAACAGUCUUGGAACUGCUACCUAUGUCAAUAAUGUUUUUGAGGAUGUUCGAAAUGGAUGGGUCCUGUUAGAAGUCCUUGACAAAGUUUCAGAAGGUUCGGUCAACUGGAAGCAGGCAACAAAGCCUCCUAUAAAGAUGCCAUUUAGAAAAGUUGAGAAUUGCAACCAAGUUAUAAAAAUUGGGAAGGAAUUAAACUUUUCUCUUGUCAAUGUGGCUGGGAAUGAUAUUGUGCAAGGAAAUAAGAAGCUCAUAUUGGCAUAUUUAUGGCAGCUGAUGAGGUUUUCCAUGCUCCAACUAUUGAAAAAUUUGAGGUCGCACUCCCAAGGUAAAGAGAUUACUGAUGCUGAUAUUCUACUUUGGGCAAACAACAAAGUGAAGAAAGCAGGUAGAACCUCACAAAUGGAGAGUUUCAAGGAUAAGAACCUUUCAAAUGGGAUAUUCUUCCUCGAACUUCUUAGUUCUGUGGAGCCAAGGGUGGUCAACUGGAGUCUUGUCACGAAGGGGGAAACUGAUGAAGAUAAGAAAUUGAAUGCAACGUAUAUAAUCAGUGUUGCUCGAAAGCUUGGCUGCUCCAUCUUUUUGUUACCAGAGGAUAUCAUAGAGGUAAACCAGAAAAUGAUCCUUAUUUUGACUGCAAGCAUUAUGUACUGGAGCCUGCUGCAACCAGCAGGAGAGUCGGACUCUACACCUGAUACGCCCAAUGAGUCUAAUGAAAAUGAAACAGGUUUGGCUGGUGAAAUCUCUAAUUUGGCCAUCAACGAUUCUGCUUCAGACACCGUUGGCUCUCCAGAGGAUGGGAAUGAGCAAUCCCCCCAUAAGAGUGAAAAUGAUGAGCCCUCAGAUAAUGUUGAAAAUGAACAAUCGUGAUAAAGAAUGACAAAAAAAUACAUUUAUUUUUUACUUUUUUUUUUCCCCCUUCAUUUUCUCAGAUGGACAGGAAAUCAGAGGUAAAUUGUUGCAGGUAGUUUGGAGCAAGAGGAGAGAAUGCUCGUCUUUUAUGGGCUCGUGAACCACAGAAAAGAAGGGUCGUGUAAAUUUUGUUUUUAUAAAUUUGACAUUCUUAGGCAUAUUCUUUUGAUGGAAAUUACCUCAACUUUACUGAAUAAUGUGAAGGUGGAAGUAGGCAUUAUUUGUCCAUCCUUGUUUUGUUUUGGUAAAUUAUUUGUCCAUCCUUGUUGCAAUUAUAUAGAGGCAUUUUCGAAUAAAACUUAAUAGGUUUAUCGGUUGCUUGUUGGA